UAAGUUUAAGUUUAGUUUUUGUCAAGGAUAUAUUUAACACAAUGAAGGAAAGUUAAGAUAAUACUGAAAGACAUUGAAUUAAUGAAACUCUGGGAACUGGCUCCUUUGAAAGAGCCGGAUUAGCAAAAAGAGGGAACUGGCCGUUACAAUGAGAUGAAAAUUAUCAAGAAGCAUGAUAUUAUUCCUUCGAAAUUAUAUUUGGGAUUAUAUUAAAGUUUUAGUUUUUACCUUUUUGAUAAAUCUUAUCGAUUUUGAAGGCUUUAUUUUAAACUAAAGCAAGUUGAUCAUGCGAUAAGUAAAAUACUAUUAUAGCAGAUAUUGAUCAGCCAAUUUUAGUCAGCUUAUUGCUUAGAACAGAGUAAGCAGUAUCUACUUUUACUCGAAUAUAUCUGCUGAGGAGAAUUAUUCACUUAUCUUCGGAUUGAAGGCACAUUAGCUUCAAAUAAUGUAAGAUUUUAUUGAGGGCAGGUUAUAUUCAUAUUUGAAAACCUGCAUUCUAAGAAUAUCAACUACAGAAAUCUCAAGCCAGAGAACCUCUUGAUCGAUAGCAUAGGUUAGCUUAGUUUAACAGACUUUGGUUUUUCAAAAUGCUGUGAUGGAAUAACAUACACUUUUUGUGGAACUCCUGAAGUUUUAAUGAAUAAAGGGUAUGGGAAACCUGUCGAUUGGCGGUGCUUAGAAAUCCUGACCUAUGAAAUGCUAGCUGGUAUCGACCAUUUAACCAUUAAGAUUCAAUGGCUAUUUAUCAAAAAUAUUAAAAGGAAAAAUCAAGUUUCCGAAGUACUUUAACAGGGAGGUAAAAAGUUUAGUAAAUCUCCUUUUUGUAGCAAAUACUUCUAAAAGGUAUGGAUGACUAAAGAUGGAGUUGAAGAUAUUAAAGGACACAAGUGAUUUAGAAACGAUUGGGAUUGGAUUUCCUUAAUAGAAGAAAAUACCUGCAACAUAUAUUCCAGAAAUAGACAAUGGAGGAUACUUCAAAUUUCUCUGAAUAUCCUGAUUCUCCUGAACCAUGUCCUCUAGUUUCUGAAGAGUAAGACCCAUUCAAAGACUGGUAUCUUCCUUCUAUUUAAGUUUAGACAUAAAAAUUAAUUUUCUU